AUGGAGUCUGGGAGGUGUGGAGAGGAGCGCGUGGUGACGUGGCGCGGCGCGGCCGGCUCGGUGCUGAAGCACAACGUGCGCUUCCUGUGCCUGCUGGGGGUGUGGCCGGCGUGCCGCGGCAGCGCCUACCACGCCUUCAGCGCGCUCGUGGUGGCGCUGUGCGGCACGCACAUGGCCUUCGUGGUGCUGGGCGUCGGCCAGGGCUCGGAGGACCUGCAGGAGACGACGCUGGCGCUGACCAACGCGUUCGCCGUGAGCGGCGGCGCCGCCAAGGUGGCUCUGCUGCUGCGCGGCCGGCGCCGCUUCUACGCGCUCGUGCGCCGCCUCGACCGGCUGGUGGCCGCGCAGGCCGAACACCGCCGCGCCGACGCCCGCCGCCAGGCCGCGUUCGACGCGUUCCACAAGAAGGCGGUGCGCCUGACGUUCCUCCUGCACACCUACCUCUUCCUGCUGUCCUUCGUCUGGUUCCCGAUGCCGCUGAUCGCCCAGCGCGGCGAGCGGAGGCUGCCGUUCGUGCAGCUGUCGUGGCUCGACACGAGCCAGCUCGCCGUCUACGCGGCCACCUACACCCUGCAGUGCGCCGGCACCUUCCUGCUCGCCUUCGCCACCGUCAGCGUCGACUGUUUCUUCGUGGCCAUCAUGGUCCACGUCUCCGUACAACUGAGAAUUCUAUCGUCCCGCAUAAACGCUUUGGAACUUCGCACUAACCUCGCCGGGUCGGCGAGAAACUUCGAAAGAGACGUGAGUGUGGAGGCGUCGGAUAUUCAGCGAGACAUGUACACAGAGCUUCGCUUGUGUAUUCAGUAUCACCAAGAUAUCUUAAGGUUCGUGCGGUACCUGGACAGCGUGAUGAGUCCGCUGGCCAUGACACAGUUCAUCUCCGGCGUGCUGCUGGCCUGCGUCGCUCUGUUCCAGGCCACACUUAGCCCGGACGUCAGCGCUGUGUUCCGGUGUGCGGCGGCGCUGCCGACGCCCACGAUGCAGAUCUACCUCUACUGCUGGGGCGCCGAGGACGUCGUGCAGCAGGGCGAGGCGGUGUCGCUGGCGGCGUACAGCUGCGGCUGGCACGAGGCGAGUGGCCGGUUCCGGCGUGCGCUGCGCAUCCUCAUGAGCCGCGCCCAGAAGCCAAUCCUGCUCACCGCGGGCAGGGUCUACGUCAUCAACAAGGCCACCUUCAUCUCGCUGAUGAACGCCGCGUAUUCGUACUACGCACUGCUUAGGCAGUUGAACAGCCGCUGAAGACGGGGAACAAGUCGUGAUCAUUUCCGUAGCACAAGAAAUUCACGUAGGUGUUACCAACUAUUGGAUGCGCGUUACACGAAAUAUAUUUCUGUGGUAGACAGAAUGAACUAGUGUCAGAUUUAUUGAGAUUUUUGCCGAUGCUUGUCAGAAGAUGAUCAUUAACACAAGGACGAAGAAAAAAAUAGACAUUAUACAGGGUGACUUUUUCCACCGUGUAAAAACUCUAGGGAUUGAUCGAUGAGAGGAUACGGAACAAAAAAGGUCUAAUGAAUGUCCGGAAGUGCAUUGUUUCCGAGCUAGAGACCAUUCAUUCAGUCAUACAUUGUUACAGACAUUGCGGUCCAAUACGCGCUGUACCAUGCAGCCACAGUUACAGUAUGUGUUGAAAAUGGUUUCCAUGUGCCUCAACGCAUGCAUGUACGCGCUGUAGCGUGUUCUGUCUCACACAUUCACAUCGGCCAGGCCGAAUGCGAACAGUGUCAAAGGCGGCAUGAAUACGCUGCUCCAGUGUCUCCAGUCUGGAAUGGGCUCUGCAUACACGAUACUUUUGAAAUGGCUCCACAAGCGGAAAUCGCACGGGUUGAGAUUCAAUUAACGAGCAGGCCAUGGCGGAUCCCCUCGUUCGAUCCAUCGACCAGGGAAGACAUGAUUGAGAUGUGCCCGGACGUUAACGGCGAAGUACACCAGUUAGACGACGUGGAAGGAAGACUGGUGCCAAAAUACUGUCGCUAAGUAUCGCAGUGCACACAUUCUGGCUGCACUGAUGCUGAUGAUUCUGCAUACUAUCUCACAUAUGACUGUUAUGAAAGCUGAAGAUACAACUCCGCUUAAAGGUGGCCUCAUCUAUAAAUACGAUGGAUCACACAAAUCCCGGAAUCGAGGUUUCCUGGUGAAGAAACUAUUUACAAAAAUGCUCCCGAUGUGGAAAGUCUCGCUAGUAAGCCCUGCACACGCUGUUAAGUUAUAAGGGUAGUAAUAAUUACGGAGAAUGUUCCACACGGUCGUCUGGUUUACUCUAUGCUGGCGGACCAACUGCAUGGUACUGACACGGCGGUCAUCUUCCGCAAUAUUAAUCACAUUUUCUUCCAAGUCUGGUGUCCGAACAUUUCGGGAACGUCCUUCAUGAUUUACUGCUUUCUGAAACGAUGCUGAACACUGUUGCAAACAUUGAAUGCUGCGAUUGUUGUCGGCGGGGAUAGGUCUCCUGAUACAACCUUGCUGCCCACCGCCCGUUGCCAUUUGCCUUUCCGUAAGUAAACACCAUGUCGGCAAACUCGAUUCUAAUACGGAACCAUUGUGCACAACGCUGUAUCGCAUCCACUACAAGGAGAGUCAGCAAGAAAAACGAAUGGAACACAACUUCAGCAAUUAGGCGAUAGGACAUGACGUAUAAGGAGCAGUACCACCCUCUAGGAGAAACUAUGCUUACGGUAACUGUGGCUGCAUGGUACAACGCGUAUUAGACCGCAAUCUCUGUAAUGAAGUAUGACUGAAUAAAUGGUCUCUAGCAUGGAAACUAUUUUUUUUAUUUCCGGGCAUAAGUUCAUUAGACCUUUCUUGUUCCGUAUCCUCUCAUCAACCAGUCCCUAGAGUUUGUACGCGGUGGAAAAAAAUCACCCUGUAUAACAACACAAAAUACUUCAUUUCCAGUUAAAGUUGAUUUAAAAUUAUACUUACCUGUGUUUUGUAAACUGUUCAUAAAUUAAGCUACUAAUGUUACAUUAUUGUUAAUGUAAGUGUUGAUAUAUUACCUAUGUUAACAUAAGCCAGAAUACUAUGUAUCAUGUGGUGAGAUGUUUUGAGAAGCAAGUAACUGAAGGGUAUUGAGAUAUUAUACUAAAAUUACUAGAUAAUGAAAUGUAC